GUUACACCUGAAAGUCUUGAAAGUUUCCAAUAAACAAACUCGCGGAUAAGCUUACAAACAGCCACAGAAGACACUAUUCCGAGCUCAUUCCUUGAAAGGCAAGGCAGAAUCCGUAUUAUCAAGUUAACGGCCAGCCCAAGUUAAUAGUUGAGUUUUGAGAUUUAAUUUUACCUGAGCUAUUACGAGUUUGUGUGAACUCUUGAGUUUGAUUACUUUGGUUAAGUGCAAUUGUUACGGUACAAGUUCAAUUAAAUACUACGUAAGAGGUGUUUUGUUUUGUUUUCACGGAUAGGUGCCAGAGACACCAACCGGGGCUAUGGUUUGUUUGUGAAAAGGGAUGAUGAAGUUUGCAGGGUACUCCUUGGGAGUUUCAUUUGCUCCCAUAGGCUCAAAUGUCUUUGCAAAAAGUUUCAGAUUCCCAAUAGUUGGUAGCAUAUAUCGUGGGAAUUUGCGAAGUUCAAGGUUGUUUUCUGCGUCUUGUUGGAGAGAACAAUCAAAUGGAAAAAAUGGGGUGGUUGCAAAACAGUAUCUUCCACCUUGGUUUAGUGUUGCUCCAAUGAUGGAUUGGACGGAUAAUCACUAUAGGACUCUAGCACGCCUCAUAUCGAAGCAUGCUUGGCUCUACACUGAGAUGAUUGCAGCUGAAACGAUUGUUCAUCAAAAGGACAACCUGGACAGGUUCUUGGCAUAUUCUCCAGAUCAGCAUCCCAUUGUGCUUCAAAUCGGAGGGAGUAAUAUAGAAAAUUUGGCAAAAGCAACUGAACUUGCUAAUGCUUAUUGCUAUGAUGAGAUCAAUUUAAACUGUGGAUGCCCUAGUCCAAGGGUAGCUGGACAUGGAUGCUUUGGCGUGAGCCUUAUGCUUGACCCAAAGUUUGUUGCUGAAGCUAUGUCGGCAAUUGCUGCCAACACAAAUGUACCUGUUAGUGUCAAAUGUCGCAUUGGAGUGGAUGAUCAUGAUUCCUAUGAUCAGCUAUGUGAUUUCAUUUACAAUGUGUCGUCUUUCUCUCCCACUAAGCAUUUCAUAAUUCACUCAAGGAAGGCAUUGCUCAAUGGCAUUAGCCCAGCUGAAAAUCGGAAUAUUCCUCCACUAAAAUAUGAAUAUUUUUAUGGCCUCUUACGUGAUUUUCCUGACUUAACAUUUACAAUCAAUGGUGGCAUUUCUGGUAUUGAUGAGGUCAAUGCAGCUCGAGAAGCUGGUGCUCAUGGUGUUAUGCUUGGACGUGCAGCAUACAAUAAUCCAUGGCAUAUUUUGGGACAUGUUGAUACUGCAAUUUAUGGUGCACCACGCAGUGGUCUUACACGUCGUCAGGUACUCAAAAAAUAUCAAGUCUAUGGAGAUUCUGUGUUGGGAAAAUAUGGGCACAAGCCAACUGUGCGAGAUAUUGUGAAGCCUUUGCUCAAUCUUUUCCAUUCAGCACCUGGAAAUGGACUUUGGAAGCGCAAGGCAGAUGCUGCUUUCCGAAGUUGCACGACAAUUGAAUCAUUUUUUGAAGAAACCCUUGUAGCAAUUCCUGACUCGGUAUUGGAUUCGUCUGCUGUGGAACCACCUCCUGGCCGUGGUGAUCUUUUUGCCAACAUAGAUAGUUUACUGCCUCCUCCUUACAGAACAAGAGAAGAAGAGAUCGUUUUAUGCGCUUAGGCUUGCAUGUAGUUUCUCAAACCCAAGUUCUAGUUAUUACCAUCUUUCCCCAUCUUUGUGAAAUGAAAAUGAUAGUAUCAUUCAACAGAACAGCUUAAUACAAGAUAAAUUAAUUAGUUAUCUAUUUGUAAGCAAUUGAUUUUGAAAUGUAAUCCAUGCCUCCUCCUCCUUGUGGGGUUUGCUUUA